CAGGACAGUAAAAGCAACGAGAGGCAAGGCUAUAAGGGGCUAUGACAGAGUGACAGUGGGCUGUAGGUGGAAGUGCUCAUGAGCUUGAGUUGGCAUGGAUACCAUCUUAGUCUUCAGCCUAAUGAUUGCAUCCUAUGAUUCCAACAAGAACGUUCCUUUAGAAAUUCACACAGAUACCAAAGGGACCCCAUUCAUCCGAAAUCAGCCAAUAGCUACCCUGCGGUGUCUCGGCUCUGAAAGGAGAGUGACAGUCCACCUUGUAUAUUCAGAGAGAAGGCCAAAAGUCAAGUACAUUAUGAAGAACCUGCCAGUCAUUACUGAUCUUCCUAGAAACAGCACUGCUUCCCCAAGAUGUCACCUCAGAGCCACAUCUCAGUUUCAGAAUGGAUCCCUUCUAACAGCUUUUUUACCAGGGAUCUCACAAUGCACGGUCUACUCAGCGAAGGACAGAUUGGCUUCAUCAGAGACGGUGCCCAUCACUACCUCCUCCACAACUCCUACAAGUAAAGGAGAUGAAGCCACAAGCACUGGGGCUUUUCCCAUCCCUUUAACACAAGACAUAGAUGUGUCCUUAAAGAGGAGGCAGAAAUGGAGUCUUGUAGUCAAAGCUCUGAUUGCUGUUACUCUGCUGCUCAGUGGGGUGGCUAUUACAGUGUUUGUCAUCUUUGAAGUCCCAUGCCCGAGUCAAUGCCUACGAGUCAGACAGCUGUGCCAAUGCCAGUGGUUAUGGAGAAGGAAAAGGAAAGAAGAAGGCCAGAAACCUGGGACAACUGAGUCCCAGUUGGACUCUCAGCCUGAGAAGGUUAGACACGAUGUUCCUAACUCUUCAGACUCAAAGAAAACGACAGGCAUCAUUAUAAUCCACCAGACAUACUUCUGAGCUGUGCUUCACCUGACUCUGAACACAAAUGCUGUCUUAUACACCACCGUCUCCUCAUUGCGAGUCAAUACGAGAUGACGCUUGAAGCUCUCACACUCAUAUCUUCACGAGGACAUUACAAUCAACCGGUAUGCCAGGACAAGUAAAGGAAGAGCCUGGAUUGAGCAGAACUACCUUCAUGCCUCUGCAACUGACACAGCCAGUUGAAUCGCAUGCCUCUGCGAUUCACUUUGCAUAUUCAUAAAUGGGUUACCUUUGCAUCCCAGCAAAUGAAGAUAAAGUCCUUGCCUCCAAGUGUUAUGAAUGGCCUUUGCUGCUUUCUCGGAGAGACGAACACAGCCUCCCAAGGCCUGGAGCUGACAGUGCGGUGCACAUCCCAGCUCCUCUUGGCCUCCCAGCUCUCCUCAUGCUCACUGGCUGUCAUCCACCUUCCACGGGGCGCCUCCUCUCCCGGGGCUUAUGACUUAAGAUUUAGCCUCUGUCUCUACACACAGUU